GUUUUACCUAUAUUACCCUUAUUUGCAGUCUGCUCCUUGCCGUUGCCGUUGCCUCUAAUGAACCUGAACGAAAAGUACGUAUUUAGCCACAUACUACCACUUAGAAUCAAGUUUUCAUAAGUCCCCAAUCUCCCCAAUGUGGCAUUUCAGUGCCUAAAAACUUCAAUCUUCAUGUUUGAAUUUUAGAAUAUGUAGAAGGGGUUAGGUUUAUAUUGUAUACAUGGGAGACCGCCCGAAGGGUGAAUUCUCUGCUACAACCCUUCACAGUAGUAUUCUACUAGAAGUCGGCGGCAGUGUUGCUGCAAAAUCUUUGCUCCACAGCUACCGAAGGAGCUUCAAUGGUUUUGUUGCCAACUUGACUGAGGAUGAAGCACGGAAAUUGGCCGAGAGGGAAAACGUUGUGUCUGUGUUCCCUAAUGAAAAGAUGCAACUUCAAACGACAAGGUCAUGGGAUUUCAUGGGUUUCUCCAAACAAGCUAAAAGGUCGAGUCUUGAGGGCGACAUCAUUGUGGGUAUGUUUGAUACAGGGAUUUGGCCGAAUUCAAAAAGUUUCAGUGAUGAAAAUUUCGGUCCACCUCCAAAAAAAUGGAAGGGAAAAUGCCAAGAAUCAGCCAAUUUCACCUGUAACAAUAAGAUAAUCGGAGCUCGAUACUAUCGGGCUGAUGGCGUAAUCGGUGAACCUGAUGUUGCUUCGCCAUUGGAUACGGCAGGUCACGGGUCGCACACAGCCUCCACCGCAGCCGGUGACAUUGUUCAAGGCGCGAGCAUGUUGGGGCUUGCCUUAGGGGACGCUCGAGGAGGGGUUCCGGCAGCCCGCCUUGCUGUGUAUAAGAUAUGUUGGAAUGAUGGAUGCCCCAACGCUGACCUUCUUGCGGCAUUUGACGAUGCAAUCGCCGAUGGUGUUGACAUAAUCUCUCUUUCAGUAGGGGGUUCCACUCCUUUAAAUUACUUCGAGGAUCCGAUCGCAAUUGGAUCAUUUCACGCCAUGAAAAAUGGUAUACUGACAUCAAAUGCUGCUGGUAACUAUGGUCCUUCAUCUGAAUCAACUGCGAGUGUUGCUCCUUGGAUUCUUUCCGUGGCUGCCAGUACCUUAGAUAGAAAAUUUGUGACUAAAGUACAGUUGGGUAAUGGAAAGAUUUAUGAGGGUAUCUCUAUCAAUACCUUUGAUCCCAAGAAAGACACUUAUCCUUUCAUCCACGGUGGAGAUGCUGGUCUUAAAGGAACAUAUUCUAGUAAUUGUGCUUUUGGCACCUUGGACGAGACGAAGGUAAAGGGGAAAAUUGUUAUGUGCGAUGCCUUCAUUGAUGGGACAGGGCCGGCAGAGGCUGGAGCUGCUGGUGUAGUAAUGCAAAAUGGAGGUUUCAUUGAUGUAGCCUUUAACUUCCUGUUGCCAGCUUCCUAUAUGAGCAAUGGAAGUGAAGUUUUCAACUACUUGAAAUCGACAAAAAAUCCAACGGCAAAGAUAUUCAAGAGUAAUACAGAAAAGGAUAGCUUCGCCCCCACUAUAGUUUCAUUUUCAUCAAGGGGACCAAAUGCUAUAACCCCUGAUAUUCUUAAGCCUGAUGUUACAGCUCCUGGAGUUGACAUUUUAGCAGCAUGGUCAGGAGCUGCCACCGUGACAGGCUUUCCAAUGGACAAUAGGGUAGUUCAAUAUAGCAUAGACUAUGGUACGUCCAUGGCCUGCCCACAUGCAUCCGGUGCAACAGCAUAUAUCAAGUCAUUUUAUCCAAAAUGGUCUCCUGCUGCCAUUAAGUCUGCUCUAAUGACCACAGCAUUUCCCUUGAAUCAUGAGCGCCAUCCAGACCUUGAGUUUUCAUAUGGGGCUGGUCACAUAAAUCCAGCCAACGCCACCAACCCUGGUCUAGUGUAUGAUGCUGGAGAGAUUGAUUACAUUAAUUUUCUGUGUGGACAAGGAUACAGUAGCACACAACUAAAACUUGUUACCGGAAAUGAUACAAGCUGUUCCAAAGCAACAAAUGCGACAGUUUGGGAUCUUAACUACCCUUCUUUCACCCUGUCUGCUUCGGAUGUUGGAAAAACCACAACUAGAGUCUUUCACAGGACGGUAACAAAUGUAGGAUCAGCAGUGUCCACUUAUAAGGCAGUGGUGAAUGCUCCAAAAGGGCUUACAAUCCAAGUUAAACCCAGCACCCUUUCUUUCACAUCCCUUGGGGAAAAGAAAUCCUUUGUGGUGACUGCUACUGUAACAGUUUCGGAAACUCUUACUGUUAUAUCUGGUUCUUUGACUUGGGAUGAUGGGGUGCAUCGAGUGACAAGCCCUGUUGUUGGACAUCGUCCUUCUCAUUUCGAACAUUAAUUUAUUGAAAUAAUAUGCUGGUGAACUCACCAAAUUUCGUUUUUUCAUUGGUCAUAUGAAUGAAAUUUUUUUUUGCAC